CUUCUCUCCUAAACUCAUCAUCAUUUAUUUAUAUUACAAAACACCCCACCUUCCCCUCAAACUCUUUCCGCCAGAAACCUUUCUUCCCUUCUUCUCUACUCUUCUCUUCACCAAUUUUCUCUUCUCAGAACAAAACAAAGUCCGAAAAAGGCGUCGCCUUUGAGCUUCGAGAUGUGUGGUGGUGCGAUCAUCUCCGACUUCAUCCUGCAGCCGGCGGGCUCCCGGCGGCUCACCGCCGACUACCUCUGGCCGCACCUCAAGAAGGGCGGCGGCAGCAAGAAAGGCCGGAAGCAUGAGGUGGUGGAGAUCGACGACGAUUUCGAGGCCGACUUCGAGGAUUUCAAGGACGAGUCCGAGGAGGACGAGGAGGCGGAGAUCGACGUCGAGCCCUUCGCUUUCACCGCCAAGGCUCCCUUCUCUCGAGAGGGCUCGAUCACUCUAAAAUCAGAAGAAUUAAGUGGGCCUGCAGCUAAAUCAGCCAAAAGGAAGAGAAAGAAUCAAUACAGAGGAAUCCGUCAGCGUCCAUGGGGCAAGUGGGCAGCUGAAAUCAGAGAUCCCCGCAAGGGGGUCCGUGUUUGGCUAGGAACAUUCGACACUGCUGAAGAGGCUGCACGAGCUUAUGAUGUUGAAGCCCGUCGUAUCCGGGGCAAGAAAGCUAAGGUGAACUUCCCUGAAGCACCUGCGAAUGCCCAAAAGCGCCGCCACAAAGCAAAUCUGCGCACACCAAAACCAGCAACGACAGAGGAACAGAAGUUUGAUCAGUCCUUAAAGUACCUCAAUAACCCAGAUUAUGAUUUCCAUUCCUCUAUGGAUCACAUGGAAGUGAAGGAGCUCACAAAGCCUGAGUACCUGAAUUCCCUUCCCUCGCUAGGAUCGUCUCCAUCUUCCGGGGGCACUGGGUUAGUGAAUUUCCUCUCUGAACAGGGAAGCAACUCUAAUGAUUGUUUGGACUUCGGAUGGGAACACGAGACCAAGAAUCCUGAGAUUACAUCGCUUUUUGCUCCAACUAUAACUGAAGGUGAUGAAUCCAGACUCCUGGAACAUGGUAGCCCUCAGAAGAAACUGAAAAACAGUUCUGAAGAAGCAGUGCCGGCAGAUGAAGACUCUGCAAUGAAACUCUCUGAGGAGCUAUCUGCCUAUGAAUCAUUUAUGAAGUUCCUGGAGAUCCCUUAUCUUGAGGGGAGUGCAGACGAGUCAAUUGACAGCCUCUUCAGCUGUGAUGUUGCUCAGGACGGACAGAGCACUGUGGAUCUCUGGAGCUUCGAUGACCUGCCCAUGGAGAACUGCAUUUACUGAGGGAUCCUGGUGUCGGCCCACUGGUUCUGUAAAAAAGAUAAUGAAUUAAUGUCGAUGGAUGAUAUGGAGGACCAGAAUUGUUUGUCAGCUGCAAUCAGUUGAAUUGAAUUGUUGAUUAUUAAAGUACCUUUAGGUAUAAUAUCUUGAGUUUUUGUACUGUUUACUCGUGAAGUGUUUCUGCUUUUGAGUACUUGAAUUUGGAUCUGUGUUAUUUGAAGACAUUAUGGAUAUCUCUGAAAACUGAAUGAAUGCUUCUUUAGUUGUAUGUG